CAUGGCCGCUUCCGGCUGCGCCGCUUCCGGGGAUGAUGACUUCCUGUGGAGCCGCGUUCUGACUGGGCGAGGGGCGCGGAGGAGGCGGGGCUUCCGGCGACGGCGGCUGCGGUGUCGGUCAGUGAAGGCGGAGCCAUGGCGGGACGCAGAGCUGCCCUUAAAGCCGUGGACUGGGCGGCCUUCGCCGAGCGAGUGCCUCCGAACCAGCGAGCCAUGUUCAAUGCGCUGAAGACCCGCAACGAUGCGCUGACAGCCCGGCUGGCUGCGCUGCCAGAGAAGCCCCCGGCCAUCGACUGGGCUUUCUACAAAGCUAAUAUUGCCAAAGCUGGAAUGGUGGAUGAGUUCCAGAAGAAGUUCAGUGCACUGAAGGUUCCUGAGCCAGUGGAUACACAAUCUGCCAAGAUUGAUGCCCAGGAGAAGGAAGCUGCCAAGAGCACUGCUGACUACAUCCAGGCUUCCAAAGCCCGCAUCGCCCAGUACGAGCAGCAGCUCCAGAAGCUCAAGAGCAUGAUUCCAUUUGAACAGAUGACGUUUGAAGACUUGAGUGAAGCCUUCCCUGAAACUAAACUGAACAAGGAGAAAUAUCCAUUCUGGCCCCACAAGCCAAUAGCUGAUCUGUAAACUGAUCAGGGAGUAGUUUAAUGACUGUCAGACUGGAUGAUCUUAUAAAUAAAGAGCUUUUUCUGUCUGUGGUUUACAUCUUA